AUGGGCCGUGGGAAAGUGGCGGCGGCGGCGGCGGCGGACUCUUCGGUGGAAGAAUGCUCCGACCACGUCUCCCGUGGAAGGAGCCCAAACCGUCCCCGCAAGCUUUUGCGCAGAGUGGCCUCGCAGGCGGUGACCAGGACUAACCCGCCGCUGGGCAUCAUCUUCACCACCCUCCUGUACUGCGGGGAGCUGGCCUCGGCCUGCGUGGUGACCGCCUCCUACAGCCGCUCCAACGACCAGUUCUGGAUGGUCCUGACGCUGCUCUUGAUGCUCCUCUCCUCCGUCAUGGUCCAGCUGACCCUCAUCUUCGUCAACCGGGACUUGACCAGCGACAAGCCCUUCAUCCUCUUCAUGCACCUGGUGCUCCUGGGACCCCCCAUCAGUUGUGCAGAACCCAUACCCAGAAUCCGCAAGCUGAGUUCAGUUAGGCUUCUCUUCCCCAACUGUACAGGAAUUACCAUGCCCAGAAUCCACAUUUGGCUUCAAGUUGUCUCCAAAUGCCUUGGGAUUGGGAAGCUUGGAGCUUCUGUGCUGAUGAGCAUGUGCUUACUCUCAGUCACGUAUGGCGCUUUGGUCUGCAACACCCUGGCCAUCCAGAUCAAGUACGAUGACUACAAGAUCCACCUCCACCCCUUGGCCUUCAUCUGCAUCAUCUUAUGGAGGAGCUUGGAGAUCUCCACCCGCAUCACCAUCUUGGUCCUCUUUGGGACCGUCUUCAAGUACUAUGGCUUGGCCGUCGGGGCGGCCAACUUCUUGGUCUUCUUCUUCUUACCGUGGAUUGAGUUUUGGAGAAGCGGGGCCAAACUGCCCGAGAAUGUGGAGAAAAACUUCAGCCGAGUGGGAACUUUGACUGUCCUGAUCUGCAUCACUGUGCUCUACGGUGGCAUCAAUGUCUUCUGUUGGUCAGCUGUCCAGCUCAGGUUGUCCAGGCGAGACCUGAUUGUCCGCUCCCAAAACUGGGGCUGUUUAGUUUUAUUCUAUGUGUUCCGUGGACUGGAGAACAGCCUGCUGCUCCUGGUUUGGUACUUCUUCAAGGAGGACUUCUACGAGUACGUCUGCACUCCCAUGCUUGUGCUGCAGCUGCUGGUGGCCUACUGUCUGGCCAUUGUCUUCAUGCUUUCUUUCAUGCAGUACUUGCAUCCCUGCCGCCGCCUCUUCACGCACAACGUCUCGGACUUCUUGCAUUGCAUCUGUUGCCAGAAGGAACACGUUGCCGUUGCGGUUGAUUUGGAGACACCUCAUGAACCUGGUGUGAGGCACAGCAUUGUAUGACAAUCGACACCCGGCUGAUGGGGUGUUGAUGAACCCCCAUCCGGUGUCAAGUUUCAGCAGUGGUACCUGUUCUCCCCCAUUGGGAUUCGCCUUAAUUUCACGGUGCUACGCUAUAAUUUAUAAGCAGGAACGCAGGCAAUUGUGGUGGGGAUGUCUUCCUCAGCAUCAAAUGGACUUAAGACAGUGGGCUGGAAGGAUACCCUUUGCUGCUGUUGGUGCAGGACUAGGGCAAUCAGCAUUGGGGACAGCAGGAGAAGACUUGACACAUAGUAUGAAAGAGGAACUUUAGUUGAUGGGGCAAAUCACCAAUUAAGGAUGGUUUUUGCUCUUCUAGGUGCCAGAAGUCUAGCACUGGAACUGCCUUGGCUGUGCUCAUUUCCAGAAAUGGAACUGAAGGACACUCAGCUGGCUCAGGACUAUUGUAAGAAGAAGCUUUGCAGAAGAGACUGUCUCACUGUCUGUGUGAUCCUGCGCAGUUGGGUAAAGCUUCAAAGUGACUUCCCCAACUGUUCCUUUUAUUUAUUUGAAAACUUGUGAAGACUUUCUUUUUUGUAAUUUGAAGUGCUGGAAAAGAUGCUGUCGUGGAUAGUCUCAAAAUUUGUUUGGGUUCCUGCAGUUCCAUUUAUGGUCCUGGGGUCUGAAAGCUCAGGAUAAUGAGGCUCCCAGGGAGCCCCAUUGAUGGAGCUUUGGAUUUCUUGGCUCCACAUCUUCAGGGGUACCACAACAGAUUGGCCUUCCCAACUGCUCUGGAAGGAGCGAGAUAGUGGCCAACUGCUACAUUAGUGGCAUUCUUCAAGGGAGAAAGAGCUGAGGUUGAAUGCGUUGAGCUUGCGAUGGGAAACUGGACCAUUCCACAUCCAAGUUCUGGUUCUAGGAGGUGAUCAGCUCAUCAUAGUUUGGGCUCUUACCUGGGGAGGUAAGCCUUUCCCAAUCACUUGGCUGGGUCCUAUGCAAAGAUAUACUUUAAAAAACCCAUUAUGUUGAAAUGCUCAGGACUACCAACCCAAUUUGGCCAAGCUUCUUGGCCUCCCAAAACACUUCCCACUGUAUGCAAUGCAAGGCUGUUUCUGAACACAAGCUCAUCCAGUAGGUGAAUCUUCAAUCGAAAUGCUUGUGAUGAGUACGGGUUGACAUGUCGAGUUACAUACUUGACUUCCUACAAUUGUCUUGCAUGAACUGAUUUCUCCUUGUACCUCUCCUGGAGCUAAUGCAAGGAUGUUCAAACUUGGCAACAUUCAGACCUGGAGACUGCAACUCCCUGAGGAAUUCUGGAAGUUGAAGUCCACAAGUCUUAAAAAGUUACCAUGUUUGGGGACCCCCUUAGCUAACAGAUACACCAGACUGAGUUAAAGGAUCACUUUUAUGUGGGAUUUUGGUGCCCUUUGGUGGAAAGUUUGAUCUGUCACCAUCCUUCCUCUUCAUGGUUCUUUCUGUCCCAAGGAGCAGGGUGAACAAGACCUUCAGAAGUAAUAAUUCAGAAAGAAAGAAAAAAAUAGAAGAGGAGGAGGAAGAUGAGGAGUCAACAGACAAUAGAAACAGCACUCUGAUUGAAUGAUAGCCACUGCCUCAUAACACCCAUAAUGCACUGCUGUAUGGCUAUGAGCCUAUGACCACCUAAUGUUGAUUGGUGUCAGAAAAAAAACAACACAUCCAAAACCCUGAAUCCCGUAAUAACCAGAGGAAGAUACACAAUUGAUGCUAAGCCCAAGAGUAGGGGCAACACAGUAUACUACUGUACAACUGUCUUUUGGUGCUACAUCAAGAUGGCCACUCUGGAGCACUUUGGAUGUUCUCACUUGUAUAGUGAUUCCCAAGCCAGCCUUUUCCCAGCUCCCCAGAUAUCAUCCUUUGUGACUUUUACCCUCAACAGCCAAUAUGUGGAGGUUAGAGAAGGCCACCUUUGAUUGAUAAGGAGAUUCCCAUUAGUAUCCCUUACACCAGUGACGGCGAACCUUUUCAGCACCGAGUGCCAAAAAGGGAGUACUUAGUGCGCGCUCGUCUGGGAAGACCAGGAAGAGGAAUUGCCCAGGGGGCAUGCAUGUGCCGGAAAAUGUACUUCUGGUUUCCGGCGCACGCAUGCACAUUGGCCAGCAAGUCUUCCGGUUACUGCCAUGAAUGCGUACGAGCAGAUCAGCUGACUGGCAUGAAAACGGAAGGCCAGCUCUUCCGGUUUCAGGCACUGCCGCACGUACGAAGGGCAGCUGAUCGUCUUGUGUGCAUGCAGGGCAGAAACCCGGAAGAGGAACCAGUGAUGUUGGCUCGUGCCAGGCGACAUGGCUCUGCAUGCCACUUCGGGCACGCGUGCCAUAGGUUUGCCAUCACGGCCUUAGUCCCUGUCCAUCUUCUUACUUUUUUGCCUGUUCUCGACUGCGAAUAGGAAGGAAAACAAACAAAAUAGUCCUCUAAAUAGCCCGGUUUGAAUCCGUGUAUUUGUUAAAUCCUCAUUUGCAUCUGUGUUGUCCGUUAAACCCUCACUGCUUGCGUAUUGUCUGCAACCGAGGCAUUCGUUCCUUCCUGAGAUCGAGACCUCUCCCCUGAAAUAAACCCGACCUCAGGGGAGCAUUCAGACAGAGCCUUCCUCCACUUCAUGUUGAGCAAGAGUUUGUCUGUCAGCAACACAGCGUUACGCCAACGCUGCAUAUACUAGCCGAGCCGACCCUUGGGGAGAGUUUCACCGGCUGCAGUUGGCUUUCUGAGGACAGCUUAACCUAGCCAACAGCUGAGCCAGCGAAGAAUGAUCACCUACCUCAAGGAGAGAUUCCACCACUGCCUUUUUGCCUGGGAUUAAACCAGGUGUCCAGAUCAGGUUUUGGGACCAGGCAAUCUUAAGGCUAGAGGCACAACUUGUUUUUCCCGAUUCUCCCUUUUUUGUUUAAUGCAUAAUUUCCUGCAGGCUGGCCAUUGUGGCCAGGAACUUCCCAAUAAGUGGUUUUUCAUGACUGGUGGUUUUCGUUCAAAAGUUUUAUUUCUUUUCAAACAAACAUUUCAUCAUUCCUCAAUCAGUAAGACAUCGGAGUACA